UGUCAUCAGCGUUAGUUUCUGGGUCAUGAGAGAAAGGAGAAAAUGGAGGAGAGGAACAGGGUUUUUUUUUUUUUGCUUGGAAGACACACACUGCAUAAAAUAAUGAUGACGUCUUUCCAGAAAAUGUCUCAGAUUUCUUGGUUGUCCUGCAGAAUCUGUUGAUGUGCAUGGUGUGCUUCUACUCUCUCUACUACAUCGCGGUCAGUCUGUGCAUCGGACUGCUCAGGGUUCAUGAGAUCAACAGCUUGUUGACUCCAUUUGACUACACAACACAACCAUCAUGGCAGAACCCCAAAUACCUCGUCGGUGUAAUCUCCACAGAAGUGACCUAUGUUCUGGGAGGGCUGGUGUUCGCCUGGAUCGUGGAGGAGUGGGUCUGGGAUUAUGCCAUAACUGUCACACUGCUGCAUGUCGCCAUGACUGUAGCAGUGAUGUCAGACUUCCCUUCAGCUGAGCACUGGUGGAUCGCUCUGGGUUCAGGCCUGGUGAUGAUGAUAUUUGGAGGACAGCUCAUGGCCUAUAAACUCUUCAGAAGCAACUUUGUCUAUCCAGCUGAACUGCAGAACUUCUAAUGAACACAACGAGGAAAGCUUUUACUUGGCUGACUGGUUAAUCUUAGAUCCAGAUAUAUCCCAGUGGGUUCACUUUUCAAAGACUGUACUGCUAGGUUCAUGUUAACAUCGAUUUGAGUAACUGCAUGUCUAUCCAGGGUAAACAUAUAAUGUAUAAAGCAACCACAAGGAACACUUUCUCUAGAUAACUUUGAUUUUAACUAACAGUCACAUCCCUCCUUGUACAAAUGGCCCAACUUUGUCUAUUUUCUAAAGCAUAUUGUGUACAGUUUAAAUAUUGUUUUGUAUUGUUUCUUUACAAACUUCAUACUAUGAGCUAAAGUUAAUAUGAGACAUGGUAUCUGUAGCAUUCUGUGAGACUAAAGUUGUAACUUCAAAUUCAAAACAAAUCUACUAAUAGAUAUUUUUCCGAUGGUGAGUUAAGUCUCCAAAUCUUCUGACGUAAUCAUAGUUAUAGUCAUGUGUCAUUUGUAUAAUGUCGUAGUCUAAUAAAGACAAUUACUACCUGUAUUUAAAAAAUAUAUUUACAUUAAAUACUUGAAGCAA